AUGAUAAAAAGAUGGCUAUCUGUGACCAAGAAGAAGUCUGAUCCAGAAAAGGGUACACAUAGUAAUGAUGAAAUCAGCCGAAAAGCAAUUAAUAUGAAGAAGGCUGGAGCUUUUCGAGAUCCGACUAUAGGGAAACCAACGAGCACUAAGAGUAGCUCCUCAAGUGCACCUUCUAACCCAGCAAGCCAUGAAAAGAAGAACAGAUCCAGCAGUCAAGCGGAUAACAUCAUUGAUGAAAAACAUCAUCACCAUCAUCACCACCACCAUGAUAUGACGAACAAUUUAAAUGAAGUAGAGAGUUAUUUUCCUAGCACAUAUGAGGAUGGUGCAUUAGAAGCAGAGUCCCAAAUUCUUUUCACUAGCAUGACAGAUCUAAUGCCUUAUGGGGACGGUUCAAACAAGGUGUUUGGCUACGAAAAUUUUGGGAAUACCUGCUAUUGUAAUUCCGUUUUGCAAUGUCUUUACAAUAUACCCGAGUUCAGGUGCAAUGUCCUGCGAUAUCCUGAAAGAAUACCUGUAACAAACAGAAUUCGAAAAAGCGACUUAACUGGCUCAAAGGUGAGAGUAUUUACUAAUGAAAGUUUUGAGACGUCUGCCAACGGAGGAAAUUCGAAUUCAGGGAGCCAAAUCUGUGAUAAUGAAGACGUACACAACCACAACCACCAUCAUAAUCAGCACAGUGAUCUGGAUAACUCUUCUUCAUCUACUCAAGAAAAACAGAACAACAAUGAAAGAAAAAGGAAUUCCUUUAUGGGCUUUGGAAAAAGCAAAUCGAGUAGCAAAGACUCCGCAAAGAAAGAUGAUAGCAGUGAGGUUGAACGGCCUCGGCCUGUGCAUACAGUGGUUAUGGCAUCAGACCAGCUAACGGAAAAGCUUCACGAAGGGUGCAGGAGAAUAAUUGUUGGAAGAUCUCUUCCAAUUCAGGGUGGCUCCUCCUUGAUAACUGCACAUGCAGACCACCAAGUCAAUUCACAACCUCAAUCGAAAGUGUCUGCCGGUAGUAACGAACCAAUGGAUGACGAUAACCACUUCAACUCGGAGGGUAUCUGUCAUACCGUGAACGUGCCCAACCUUAACAAAGAAACCACUUUUCCGACAAGCGAGCAAAGAAAAAAGGCAGCAUUAAUUAGGGGCCCUGUUCUCAAUAUCGAUCACUUGCUCUAUCCUUCUGAGAAGGCAACGCUUUACAAUGGUCUAAAGGAUAUAUUUGAGUCUAUAACUGAAAAUUUGGCACUGACAGGGAUCGUUUCACCUACUGAAUUUGUUAAGAUCCUAAAAAAAGAAAAUAUUUUGUUCAACACUAUGAUGCAACAAGAUGCUCAUGAAUUUUUAAACUUUUUACUAAAUGACUCCAGUGAAUACAUUGAAUGCCAUACCUCCAGUGUAAAUAGUAUGCCUCAAGAGAACAUGAAUGACACCAGCGAUAAUUUCAUAACCGAUCUGUUCAAGGGUACGCUGACAAACAGAAUUAAGUGCUUAACUUGCGACAAUAUCACCUCAAGAGAUGAACCGUUCUUAGAUUUCCCUAUAGAGGUACAGGGCGAUGAUGAGACUGAUAUUCAAAAAGUUUUGAAAAGCUAUCAUCAACGCGAAAUGUUGAAUGGCGUUAACAAAUUUUACUGCAACAAAUGCUACGGUUUACAAGAGGCAGAACGCAUAGUUGGUUUGAAGCAGGUGCCUUAUAUUCUGUCGCUACACUUAAAAAGAUUCAAGUACUCAGAAGAACAGAAAUCAAAUAUCAAACUGUUCAAUAAGAUACGCUAUCCAUUGUACCUAGACGUUUCUUCUACAUUUGAUACGUCAGUAUCCAAAAGAUACGAAUUGAGUGGCGUCGUAAUACAUAUGGGAAGUGGUCCCCAGCAUGGCCAUUAUGUAUGCAUUUGCAAGAAUGAAAAAUUUGGGUGGCUGUUAUAUGACGACGAAACCGUAGAGUCUGUUAGCGAAGAAACGGUAUUGCAGUUUACAGGCCAUUCGGGUGAUCAAACAACAGCUUACGUUCUGUUUUAUAAAGAAAUUGAUGCAAAUUACGCCAACAACCAAAUGGGAGACACUGUGACUUCAGAUCAAAACCGAAACCAAAUUGAGAACAAUAUUGAACAAUUGAUGAAGUGUGAUGACUGGUUAAGAAAUCGCGCAUUGAAAGCGAUGGCCAAUGUGGAACGUAAAAAAAUUCUAAAAGAUAUACCAGAAGUUAAGGCACCUGUAAGAACUGUUGAUAGAAAACGCAAUAAACAAAAGAGAAGAUCCAGAAUACUGAGUUUUAUCAAAUAA